CGGGCCGGGCCAUGGGGCGGCGGGCGACGGGCGCGCUGCUGCUGGCGCUGCUGCUGCACGGGCGGCUGCUGGCGGUGACCCACGGGCUGAGCGCGUACGAUGGCUUAUCUCUGCCUGAGGACACGGAGGCCGUCACAGCAAGCCAAAUGCGCUGGACACAUUCGUACCUUUCUGAUGAUGAGGACAUGCUGGCUGACAGCACCUCCGGAGACGACCUGGGCAGUGGGGACCUGGGCAGCGGGGACUUCCAGAUGGUUUAUUUCCGAGCCCUGGUGAAUUUCACUCGCUCCAUCGAGUACAGCCCUCAGCUGGAGGAUGCAGGCUCCAGAGAAUUCCGAGAGGUGUCCGAGGCUGUGGUAGACACGCUGGAGUCGGAGUACUUGAAAAUUCCCGGAGACCAGGUUGUCAGUGUGGUGUUCAUCAAGGAGCUGGAUGGCUGGGUUUUUGUGGAGCUGGAUGUGGGCUCGGAAGGGAAUGCAGACGGGGCUCAGAUUCAGGAGGUGCUGCUCAGGGUCAUCUCCAGUGGCUCCAUGGCCUCCUACAUCACCUCUCCCCGGGGAUUCCAGUUCCGACGCCUGGGCACAGUGCCCCAGUUCCCAAGAGCCUGCACGGAGGCUGAGUUUGCCUGCCACAGCUACAAUGAGUGUGUGGCCCUGGAGUAUCGCUGUGACCGGCGACCCGACUGCAGGGACAUGUCUGAUGAACUCAAUUGCGAGCAACUGGUCCUGGGGAUCAGCCCCACAGUCUCUGUCCUGGUGGAGACGACACCUUUACCGCCGCGGCCAGAGACAGCCAUCAUGCGACAGCCACCAGUCACCCACGCUCCUCAGCCCCUGCUUCCCGGUUCCGUCAGGCCCCUGCCCUGUGGGCCCCAGGAGGCCGCAUGCCGCAGUGGUCACUGCAUCCCCGGAGACUACCUCUGCGACGGACAGGAGGACUGCGAGGACGGCAGCGAUGAGCUGGACUGUGGACCCCCGCCACCCUGUGAGCCCAAUGAGUUCCCGUGUGGGAAUGGACAUUGUGCCCUCAAGCUGUGGCGCUGUGAUGGUGAUUUUGACUGUGAGGACCGAACUGACGAAGCCAACUGCCCCACCAAGCGCCCUGAAGAGGUGUGUGGGCCCACACAGUUCCGAUGCGUCUCUACCAACGUGUGCAUCCCAGCCAGCUUCCACUGUGACGAGGAGAGUGACUGUCCCGACCGGAGCGACGAGUUUGGCUGCAUGCCCCCCCAGGUGGUGACGCCUCCUCAGGAGUCCAUCCAGGCUUCCCGGGGCCAGACAGUGACCUUCACCUGCGUGGCCAUUGGCGUCCCCACCCCCAUCAUCAAUUGGAGGCUCAACUGGGGCCACAUCCCCUCUCAUCCCAGGGUGACAGUGACCAGCGAGGGGGGCCGUGGCACACUGAUCAUCCGUGACGUGAAGGAGUCAGACCAGGGUGCCUACACCUGUGAGGCCAUGAACGCCCGGGGCAUGGUGUUUGGCAUUCCUGACGGUGUCCUUGAGCUCGUCCCACAGCGAGCAGGCCCCUGCCCUGACGGCCACUUCUACCUGGAGCACAGCGCCUCCUGCCUGCCCUGCUUCUGCUUUGGCAUCACCAGCGUGUGCCAGAGCAGCCGCCGCUUCCGGGACCAGAUCAGGCUGCGCUUUGACCAACCCGAUGACUUCAAGGGUGUGAAUGUGGUGAUGCCUGCACAGCCCAGCAUGCCACCCCUCUCCUCCACGCAGCUGCAGAUCGACCCAGCCCUGCACGAGUUCCAGCUAGUCGACCUGUCCCGCCGCUUCCUCGUCCACGACUCCUUCUGGGCUCUCCCUGAGCAGUUCCUGGGCAACAAAGUGGAUUCCUAUGGUGGCUCCCUGCGUUACAACGUGCGCUACGAACUGGCCCGUGGCAUGCUGGAGCCAGUGCAGCGGCCGGACGUGGUCCUCGUGGGUGCCGGGUACCGCCUCCUCUCCCGAGGCCACACGCCCACCCAACCUGGUGCUCUGAACCAGCGCCAGGUCCAGUUCUCUGAGGAGCACUGGGUCCAUGAGUCUGGCCGGCCGGUGCAGCGCGCGGAGCUGCUGCAGGUGCUGCAGAGCCUGGAGGCCGUGCUCAUCCAGACCGUGUACAACACCAAGAUGGCCAGCGUGGGGCUGAGCGACAUCGCCAUGGAUACUACUGUGACCCACGCCACCAGCCAUGGCCGUGCCCACAGUGUGGAGGAGUGCAGAUGCCCCAUUGGCUAUUCUGGCUUGUCCUGCGAGAGCUGUGAUGCCCACUUCACUCGGGUGCCUGGUGGGCCCUACCUGGGCACCUGCUCUGGCUGCAAUUGCAAUGGCCAUGCCAGCUCCUGUGACCCUGUGUAUGGCCACUGCCUGAAUUGCCAGCACAACACGGAGGGGCCACAGUGCAACAAGUGCAAGGCUGGCUUCUUUGGGGAUGCCACGAAGGCCACGGCCACUGCCUGCCGGCCCUGCCCUUGCCCAUACAUCGAUGCCUCCCGCAGAUUCUCAGACACUUGCUUCCUGGACACGGAUGGCCAAGCCACAUGUGACGCCUGUGCCCCAGGCUACACCGGCCGCCGCUGUGAGAGCUGUGCCCCCGGAUAUGAGGGCAACCCCAUCCAGCCCGGCGGGAAGUGCAGGCCUGUCAACCAGGAGAUUGUGCGCUGUGAUGAACGUGGCAGCGUGGGGACCUCCGGCGAGGCCUGCCGCUGUAAGGUAUGCAUGCCAUCCGCCACCCACCCAGAGGCCUUGGGCCCAGCACCACAGCUGGGAGAAGGAGGAAGGAAGCUCUGUCCUCUCCAUAGAUCCUUGGCCAGUGGGUGCUGGUCCCAGGUGACCUCCUAUGGAGGAGAGCUGCGCUUCACAGUGACCCAGCGUUCCCAGCCAGGUUCCACACCCCUGCACGGGCAGCCAUUGGUGGUGCUGCAAGGUAACAACAUCAUCCUAGAGCACCACCCGGCCCAGGAGCCCAGCCCCGGCCAGCCCAGCACCUUCACUGUGCCCUUCCGGGAGCAAGCAUGGCAGCGGCCCGAUGGGCAGCCAGCCACACGGGAGCACCUGCUGAUGGCGCUGGCAGGCAUCGACACCCUCCUGGUCCGAGCGUCCUACGCCCAGCAGCCCGCUGAGAGCAGGGUCUCUGGGAUCAGCAUGGACGUGGCUGUGCCUGAGGAAACUGGCCAGGACCCCGCGCUGGAAGUGGAGCAGUGCUCCUGCCCACCUGGGUACCGCGGCCCGUCCUGCCAGGACUGUGACACAGGCUACACACGCACACCCAGUGGCCUCUACCUGGGUACCUGCGAACACUGCAGCUGCCAUGGUCACUCAGAGGCCUGCGAGCCAGAAACAGGUGCCUGCCAGGGCUGCCAGCAUCACACAGAGGGCCCUCGGUGUGAGCAGUGCCAGCCAGGAUACUACGGGGACGCCCAGCGGGGGACACCACAGGACUGCCAGCUGUGCCCCUGCUACGGAGACCCUGCUGCCGGCCAGGCUGCCCACACUUGUUUUCUGGACACAGACGGCCAUCCCACCUGUGAUGCGUGCUCCCCAGGCCACAGCGGGCGUCACUGCGAGAGGUGUGCCCCUGGCUACUAUGGCAACCCCAGCCAGGGCCAGCCAUGCCAGAGAGACGGCCAGGUGCCAGGGCCCAUAGGCUGCAACUGUGACCCCCAAGGCAGCGUCAGCAGCCAGUGUGACACUGCUGGUCAGUGCCAGUGCAAGGCCCAGGUGGAAGGCCUCACCUGCAGCCACUGCCGGCCCCACCACUUCCACCUGAACGCCAGCAACCCCGAGGGCUGCCUGCCCUGCUUCUGUAUGGGCAUCACCCAGCAGUGCGCCAGCUCCGCCUACACGCGCCACCUGAUCUCCACCCACUUUGCCCCUGGGGACUUCCAAGGCUUUGCCCUAGUGAACCCACAGCGGAACAGCCGCCUGACUGGAGAAUUCACUGUGGAACCCAUACCCGAGGGUGCCCAGCUCUCUUUUGGCAACUUCGCCCACCUUGGCCACGAAUCCUUCUACUGGCAGCUGCCGGAGACAUACCAGGGAGACAAGGUGGCGGCCUAUGGUGGGAAGCUGCGAUACACCCUUUCCUACACGGCAGGCCCACAGGGCAGCCCACUCUCUGACCCCGACGUGCAGAUCACGGGCAACAACAUCAUGCUAGUGGCCUCCCAGCCAGCGCUCCAGGGCACCGAGAGGAGGAGCUACGAGAUCGUGUUGCGAGAGGAAUUCUGGCGCCGUCCCGAUGGGCAGCCAGCCACACGCGAGCACCUCCUGAUGGCACUGGCUGACCUGGAUGAGCUCCUGAUCCGGGCCACAUUCUCCUCUGUGCCGCUGGCAGCCAGCAUCAGCGCAGUCAGCCUGGAGGUCGCCCAGCCCGGGCCCUCCAGCGGACCCCGGGCCCUCGAGGUGGAGGAGUGCCGCUGCCCCCCAGGCUACAUCGGUCUGUCCUGCCAGGACUGCGCCGCCGGCUACACGCGCACCGGGAGUGGACUCUACCUCGGCCACUGCGAGCUGUGUGAAUGCAAUGGUCACUCAGACCUGUGCCACCCGGAGACCGGGGCCUGCUCGCAAUGCCAGCACAAUGCUGCAGGGGAGUUCUGCGAGCUGUGUGCCCCUGGCUACUACGGAGAUGCCACAGCCGGGACGCCUGAGGACUGCCAGCCCUGUGCCUGCCCACUGACCAACCCAGAGAACAUGUUCUCCCGCACCUGUGAGAGCCUGGGAGCCGGUGGGUACCGCUGCACAGCCUGCGAACCCGGCUACACUGGCCAGUACUGUGAGCAGUGUGCCCCAGGUUACGUGGGUAACCCCAGCGUGCAAGGGGGCCGGUGCCUGCCAGAGACAAACCAAGCCCCACUGGUGGUCGAGGUCCAUCCUGCUCGAAGCGUAGUGCCCCAAGGUGGCUCCCACUCCCUGCGGUGCCAGGUCAGUGGGAGCCCACCCCACUACUUCUAUUGGUCCCGUGAGGAUGGGCGGCCUGUGCCCAGCAGCACCCAGCAGCGACAUCAAGGCUCUGAGCUCCACUUCCCCAGCGUCCAGCCCUCGGACGCCGGGGUCUACAUUUGCACCUGCCGUAAUCUCCACCAUGCCAAUACCAGCCGGGCAGAGCUGCUGGUCACUGAGGCUCCAAGCAAGCCCAUCACAGUGACAGUGGAGGAGCAGCGGAGCCAGAGCGUGCGCCCCGGAACCGAUGUCACCUUCAUCUGCACAGCCAAAAGCAAGUCCCCAGCCUAUACCCUGGUGUGGACCCGCCUGCACAACGGGAAGCUGCCCACCCGAGCCAUGGAUUUCAACGGCAUCCUGACCAUACGCAAUGUCCAGCUGAGCGAUGCGGGCACCUAUGUGUGCACCGGCUCCAACAUGUUUGCCAUGGACCAGGGCACAGCCACUCUACAUGUGCAGGCCUCGGGCACCUUGUCCGCCCCUGUGGUCUCCAUCCACCCGCCACAGCUCACAGUGCAACCCGGGCAACUGGCGGAGUUCCGCUGCAGCGCCACAGGGAGCCCCACGCCCACCCUCGAGUGGACAGGGGGUCCUGGCGGCCAGCUCCCUGCAAAGGCACAAAUCCGUGGUGGUAUCCUGCGCCUGCCAGCCGUCGAGCCCACAGAUCAGGCCCAGUACCUGUGCCGAGCCCACAGCAGCGCUGGGCAGCAGGUGGCCAGGGCUGUGCUCCACGUGCAUGGGGGCAGUGGACCCAGAGUCCAAGUGAGCCCAGAGAGGACCCAGGUCCACGAAGGCCGCACCGUCAGGCUGUACUGCAGGGCUGCAGGCGUGCCCAGCGCCACCAUCACCUGGAGGAAGGAAGGGGGCAGCCUCCCACCACAGGCCCGGUCGGAGCGCACAGACAUCGCCACACUGCUCAUCCCAGCCAUCACGACUGCUGACGCCGGCUUCUACCUCUGUGUGGCCACCAGCCCCGCAGGCACCGCCCAGGCCCGGAUCCAAGUGGUUGUCCUUUCAGCCUCAGAUGCCAGCCCACCACCAGUCAAGAUUGAGUCCUCAUCACCUUCCGUGACAGAAGGGCAGACGCUCGACCUCAACUGUGUGGUGGCAGGGUCGGCCCACGCCCAAGUCACCUGGUACAGGCGAGGGGGCAGCCUGCCUCCCCACACCCAGGUCCACGGCUCCCGACUGCGGCUCCCCCAGGUCUCACCAGCUGAUUCUGGAGAAUAUGUGUGUCGCGUGGAGAAUGGAUCAGGCCCCAAGGAGGCCUCCAUUACUGUCUCUGUCCUCCACGGCACCCAUUCUGGCCCCAGCUACACCCCAGCGCCCGGCAGCACCCAGCCCAUCCGCAUCGAGCCCUCCUCCUCACACGUGGCUGAAGGGCAGACCCUGGAUCUGAACUGCGUGGUACCUGGGCAGGCCCACGCCCAGGUCACAUGGCACAAGCGUGGGGGCAGCCUCCCUGCCCGGCACCAGACCCACGGCUCACUGCUGCGGCUGCACCAGGUGACCCCAGCCGACUCAGGCGAGUACGUGUGCCGUGUGGUGGGCACCUCCGGCCCCCUGGAGGCCUCAGUCCUGGUCACCAUCGAGGCCUCUGUCAUCCCUGGACGCGUCCCACCUGUCAGGAUCGAGUCUUCAUCCUCCACAGUGGCCGAGGGGCAGACUCUGGAUCUGAGCUGUGUGGUAGCAGGGCAGGCCCAUGCCCAGGUCACAUGGUACAAGCGCGGGGGCAGCCUCCCUGCCCGGCACCAGGUUCGUGGCUCCCGCCUGUACAUCUUCCAGGCCUCACCUGCCGAUGCGGGACAGUACGUCUGCCGGGCCAGCAACGGCAUGGAGGCCUCCAUCACAGUCACAGUAACUGGGACCCAGGGGGCCAACUUAGCCUACCCUGCUGGCAGCACCCAGCCCGUCCGCAUCGAGCCCUCCUCCUCACAGGUGGCUGAAGGGCAGACCCUGGAUCUGAACUGCGUGGUGCCUGGGCAGUCCCAUGCCCAGGUCACAUGGCACAAGCGUGGGGGCAGCCUCCCUGUCCGGCACCAGACCCACGGCUCCCUGCUGAGACUCUACCAAGUGUCCCCCGCCGACUCAGGCGAGUACGUGUGCCGAGUGGCAGGCAGCUCCGUGCCUCUAGAGGCCUCCGUCCUGGUCACCAUUGAGCCUGCGGGCUCAGUGCCUGCACUUGGGGUCACCCCCACAGUCCGGAUCGAGUCAUCAUCUUCGCAUGUGGCUGAAGGGCAGACCCUGGAUCUGAACUGCCUCGUUGCCGGUCAGGCCCAUGCCCAGGUUACAUGGCACAAGCGCGGGGGCAGCCUCCCGGCCCGGCACCAGGUGCAUGGCUCGAGGCUACGGCUGCUCCAGGUGACCCCAGCUGACUCAGGGGAGUACGUGUGCCGUGUGGUUGGCAGCUCGGGCACCCAGGAAGCCUCGGUCCUUGUCACCAUCCAGCAGCGCCUUAGCGGUUCCCACUCCCAGGGCGUGGCAUACCCCGUCCGCAUCGAGUCCUCCUCAGCCUCCCUGGCCAAUGGACACACCCUGGACCUCAACUGCCUGGUUGCCAGCCAGGCUCCCCAUACCAUCACCUGGUAUAAGCGUGGAGGCAGCUUACCCAGCCGGCACCAGAUCGUGGGCUCCCGGCUGCGGAUCCCUCAGGUGACUCCGGCGGACUCGGGCGAGUACGUGUGUCAUGUCAGUAACGGUGCAGGCUCUCGGGAGACCUCACUUAUCGUCACCAUCCAGGGCAGCGGCUCCUCCCACGUGCCCAGCGUCUCCCCACCAAUCAGGAUCGAGUCCUCUUCCCCUACGGUGGUAGAAGGACAGACCUUGGAUCUGAACUGUGUGGUCGCCAGGCAGCCCCAGGCUAUCAUCACAUGGUACAAGCGUGGAGGCAGCCUUCCCUCCCGACACCAGACCCAUGGCUCCCACCUGCGGUUGCACCAAAUGUCUGUGGCUGACUCGGGCGAGUACGUGUGCCGGGCCAACAACAACAUUGAUGCCCUGGAGGCCUCCAUCGUGAUCUCCGUCUCCCCUAGAGCUGGCAGCCCCUCCGCCCCUGGCAGUUCCAUGCCCAUCAGGAUUGAGUCAUCAUCCUCACACGUGGCCGAAGGGCAGACCCUGGAUCUGAACUGCGUGGUCCCCGGGCAGGCCCAUGCCCAGGUCACUUGGCACAAGCGUGGGGGCAGCCUCCCCAGUCACCAUCAGGCCCACGGCUCACGACUGCGGCUGCACCAGGUGUCCCCGGCCGACUCGGGUGAAUACGUGUGCCGGGUGAUGGGCAGCUCUGGCCCCCUGGAGGCCUCGGUCCUGGUCACCAUUGAAGCCUCUGGCUCAAGUGCUGUCCACGUCCCCGCCCCAGGUGGAGCCCCACCCAUCCGCAUCGAGACUUCCUCCUCCCGAGUGGCCGAAGGGCAGACCCUGGAUCUGAAGUGUGUGGUACCCGGGCAGGCCCACGCCCAGGUCACGUGGCACAAGCGUGGAGGAAACCUCCCUGCCCGGCACCAGGUCCACGGCCCACUGCUGAGGCUGAACCAGGUGUCCCCAGCCGACUCUGGCGAGUACUCGUGCCAAGUGACUGGAAGCUCAGGCACCCUGGAGGCAUCUGUCCUGGUCACAAUUGAGCCCUCCAGCCCAGGCCCCAUUCCUGCUCCAGGACUGGCCCAGCCCAUCUACAUCGAGGCCUCCUCUUCACACGUGACUGAAGGGCAGACUCUGGAUCUGAACUGUGUGGUGCCCGGGCAGGCCCAUGCCCAGGUCACGUGGUACAAGCGCGGGGGCAGCCUCCCCGCCCGGCACCAGACCCAUGGCUCCCAGCUGCGGCUCCACCAGGUCUCCCCUGCUGACUCAGGCGAGUAUGUGUGUCGUGCAGCUGGUGGCCCAGGCCCUGAGCAAGAAACCUCCUUCACAGUCACCGUCCCACCCAGCGAGGGGUCUUCCUACCGCCUUAGGAGCCCGGUCAUCUCCAUCGACCCGCCCAGCAGCACCGUGCAGCAGGGCCAGGAUGCCAGCUUCAAGUGCCUCAUCCAUGAUGGAGCAGUCCCCAUCAGCCUCGAGUGGAAGACCCGGAACCAGGAGCUGGAGGACAACGUCCACAUCAGUCCCAAUGGCUCCAUCAUCACCAUCGUGGGCACCCGGCCCAGCAACCAUGGCACCUACCGCUGCGUGGCCUCCAAUGCCUACGGCGUGGCCCAGAGUGUGGUGAACCUCAGUGUGCACGGGCCCCCUACAGUGUCCGUGCUCCCCGAGGGCCCCGUGUGGGUGAAAGUGGGAAAGGCUGUCACCCUGGAGUGUGUCAGUGCCGGGGAGCCCCGCUCCUCUGCUCGUUGGACCCGGAUCAGCAGCGCCCCUGCCAAGUUGGAGCAGCGGACAUAUGGGCUCAUGGACAGCCGCGCAGUGCUGCAGAUUUCAUCAGCUAAACCAUCAGACGCGGGCACUUACGUGUGCCUUGCUCAGAAUGCACUGGGCACAGCACAGAAGCAGGUGGAGGUGAUCGUGGACACAGGCGCCAUGGCCCCCGGGGCCCCUCAGGUCCAAGCUGAAGAAGCUGAGCUGACUGUGGAGGCUGGACACACGGCCACCUUGCGCUGCUCGGCCACAGGCAGCCCCGCGCCCACCAUCCACUGGUCCAAGCUGCGUUCCCCACUACCCUGGCAGCACCGGCUGGAAGGUGACACACUCAUCAUACCCCGGGUAGCCCAGCAGGACUCGGGCCAGUACAUCUGCAAUGCCACUAGCCCUGCUGGGCACGCUGAGGCCACCAUCAUCCUGCACGUGGAGAGCCCACCGUAUGCCACCACGGUCCCAGAGCACGCUUCGGUGCAGGCAGGGGAGACGGUACAGCUCCAGUGCCUGGCUCACGGGACACCCCCACUCACCUUCCAGUGGAGCCGCGUGGGCAGCAGCCUUCCUGGGAGGGCUACUGCCAGGAACGAGCUGCUGCACUUCGAGCGUGCAGCCCCUGAGGACUCAGGCCGCUACCGCUGCCGGGUCACCAACAAGGUGGGCUCAGCCGAGGCCUUUGCCCAGCUGCUCGUCCAAGGCCUCCCCGGCCUCCUCCCUGCCACCUCCAUCCCAGCAGGGUCCACGCCCACCGUGAGGUCACUCCUCAAGCUAGAGACCCAAAGCAUCGGGCGCAGCGUUGAAUUCCACUGUGCUGUGCCCAGCGACCGGGGUACCCAGCUCCGUUGGUUCAAGGAAGGGGGUCAGCUGCCUCCGGGUCACAGCGUGCAGGAUGGGGUUUACAGAAUCCAGAACUUGGACCAGAGCUGUCAAGGGACAUAUAUUUGCCAGGCCCAUGGACCUUGGGGGCAGGCCCAGGCCAGUGCCCAGCUGGUUGUCCAAGCCCUGCCCUCGGUGCUCAUCAACAUCCGGACGUCUGUGCAGACCGUGGUGGUCGGCCACGCUGUGGAGUUCGAAUGCCUAGCACUGGGUGACCCCAAGCCUCAAGUGACAUGGAGCAAAGUUGGAGGGCACCUGCGGCCUGGCAUUGUGCAGAGCGGAGGCGUCGUCAGGAUUCCCCACGUAGAGCUGGCUGAUGCGGGACAGUAUCGCUGUACUGCCACCAACGCAGCCGGCACCACACAAUCCCACGUGCUGCUGCUUGUGCAAGCCUUGCCCCAGAUCUCGAUGCCCCAAGAAGUCCGUGUGCCUGCUGGUUCUGCAGCUGUCUUCCCCUGCAUAGCCUCAGGCUACCCCACUCCUGACAUCAGCUGGAGCAAGCUGGAUGGCAGCCUGCCACCUGACAGCCGUCUGGAGAACAACAUGCUGACGCUGCCCUCAGUCCGACCCCAGGACGCGGGCACCUACGUCUGCACUGCCACUAACCGCCAGGGCAAGGUCAAAGCCUUUGCCCACCUGCAGGUGCCAGAGCGGGUGGUGCCCUACUUCACGCAGACCCCCUACUCCUUCCUACCGCUGCCCACCAUCAAGGAUGCCUACAGGAAGUUCGAGAUCAAGAUCACCUUCCGGCCCGACUCAGCCGAUGGGAUGCUGCUGUACAAUGGGCAGAAGCGAGUCCCAGGGAGCCCCACCAACCUGGCCAACCGGCAGCCCGACUUCAUCUCCUUCGGUCUCGUAGGGGGAAGGCCCGAGUUCCGGUUCGAUGCAGGCUCAGGCAUGGCCACCAUCCGCCACCCCACGCCACUGGCCCUGGGCCAUUUCCACACCGUGACCCUGCUGCGCAGCCUCACCCAGGGCUCCCUGAUUGUGGGUGACCUGGCCCCGGUCAAUGGGACCUCCCAGGGCAAGUUCCAGGGCCUGGACCUGAACGAGGAGCUCUACCUGGGCGGCUACCCUGACUAUGGUGCCAUCCCCAAGGUGGGGCUGAGCAGCAGCUUCAUAGGCUGUGUCCGGGACCUGCGCAUCCAGGGCGAGGAGAUCAUCUUCCACGACCUCAACCUCACGGCGCACGGCAUCUCCCACUGCCCCACCUGUCGGGACCGGCCCUGCCAGAAUGGUGGUCAGUGCCAUGACUCCGAGAGCAGCAGCUACGUGUGCGUCUGCCCAGCUGGCUUCACCGGGAGCCGCUGUGAGCACUCACAGGCCCUGCACUGCCAUCCAGAGGCCUGUGGGCCCGACGCCACCUGUGUGAACCGGCCUGAUGGUCGAGGCUACACCUGCCGCUGCCACCUGGGCCGCUCGGGGUUGCGGUGUGAGGAAGGUGUGACGGUGACCACCCCCUCACUGUCGGGUGCUGGCUCCUACCUGGCGCUGCCUGCUCUCACCAACACACACCAUGAGCUACGCCUGGACGUGGAGUUCAAGCCACUCGCCCCUGACGGGGUCCUGCUGUUCAGCGGGGGGAAGAGCGGGCCUGUGGAGGACUUCGUGUCCCUGGCGAUGGUGGGCGGCCACCUGGAAUUCCGCUACGAGCUGGGGUCAGGACUGGCUGUUCUGCGGAGCGCCGAGCCGCUGGCCCUGGGCCGCUGGCACCGCGUGUCUGCAGAGCGUCUCAACAAGGAUGGCAGCCUGCGGGUGAAUGGUGGACGCCCUGUGCUGCGCUCCUCGCCCGGCAAGAGCCAAGGCCUCAACCUGCACACCCUGCUCUACCUGGGGGGCGUGGAGCCUUCCGUGCCACUGUCCCCAGCCACCAACAUGAGCGCUCACUUCCGCGGCUGUGUGGGCGAGGUGUCAGUGAAUGGCAAACGGCUGGACCUCACCUACAGUUUCCUAGGCAGCCAGGGCAUCGGGCAGUGCUAUGACAGCUCCCCAUGUGAGCGCCAGCCAUGCCAACAUGGUGCCACGUGCAUGCCCGCUGGCGAGUAUGAGUUCCAGUGCCUGUGUCGAGAUGGAUUCAAAGGAGACCUGUGUGAGCACGAGGAGAACCCCUGCCAGCUCCGUGAACCUUGUUUGCAUGGGGGCACCUGCCAGGGCACCCGCUGCCUCUGCCUCCCUGGCUUCUCUGGCCCACGCUGCCAACAAGGCUCUGGACAUGGCAUAGCAGAGUCCGACUGGCAUCUUGAAGGCAGCGGGGGCAAUGAUGCCCCUGGGCAAUACGGAGCUUAUUUCCACGAUGAUGGCUUCCUUGCCUUCCCUGGCCGUAUCUUCUCCAGGAGCCUGCCCGAGGUGCCCGAGACCAUCGAGCUGGAGGUUCGGACCAGCACGGCCAAUGGCCUCCUGCUCUGGCAGGGUGUGGAGGUGGGAGAGGCCGGCCGAGGCAAGGACUUCAUCAGUCUCGGGCUUCAAGAUGGGCACCUUGUCUUCAGGUACCAGCUGGGUAGUGGGGAGGCCCGCCUGGUCUCUGAGGACCCCAUCAAUGACGGCGAGUGGCACCGAGUGACAGCACUGCGGGAGGGCCGCAGAGGUUCCAUCCAGGUCGACGGUGAGGAGCUGGUCAGCGGCCGGUCCCCAGGUCCCAACGUGGCAGUCAACGCCAAGGGCAGUGUCUACAUCGGCGGAGCCCCCGACGUGACCAUGCUGACCGGGGGCAGGUUCUCCUCAGGCAUCACAGGCUGUGUCAAGAACCUGGUGCUUCACUCGGCCCGACCCGGCGCCCCGCCCCCACAGCCCCUGGACCUGCAGCACCGCGCCCAGGCCGGGGCCAACACACGCCCCUGCCCCUCGUAGGCACCUGCCUGCCCCACACGGACUCCCGGGCCGCGCCCCAGCCCGACAACGUCGAGUAUAUUAUUAUUAAUAUUAUUAUGAAUUUUUGUAAGAAACUGAGGCGAUGCCACGCUUUGCUGCUACCGCCCUGGGCUGGACUGGAGGUGGGCACGCCACCCCCACCCACACAGCUGGGCAAAGCCACAAGGCUGGCGGGCAAGGCAGGUUUGAUGGGAGUAGGCGCCUCAGAAAGCCACCAGGACUUGGGGUCAGGAACGGUGGCUGGGUGGGCCCAGAACUGCCCCCACUCUCCCCCUACCCACCAAUGGAGCCCCCAAGAUAGAGCUGGGUGGCCUGUUUCUGCAGCCCUUGGGCAGUUCUCACUCCUAGGAGAGCCAACCUCGGCAUGUAGGCUGGUGCCCCACAGCUACCUGAGACGGGCAUCGCAGGAACCUCUGCCACCCACUCAGGAUUGGGAAUUGUCUUUAGUGCCGGCUGUGGAGCAAAAGGCAGCUCACCGCUGGGCAGGCGGUCCCCAUCCCCACCAGCUCGUUUUUCAGCACCCCCACCCACCUCCACCCAGCCCCUGGCACCUCCUCUGGCAGCGUCCCCUUCCUACCACGCCCUCCUCCUGGCCUGCAUUCCCACCCCCUUCUGCCAGCACACAGCCCGGGGUUCCUCCCUCAGGGGCUGUAAGGGAAAACCCACCCCAGCUCUUACCAGGAGCUGCUACAGGCAGAGCCCAGCACUGAGAAGGCCCCGCCCACCGGGCCUCGCCCACCCCAGGCCACACCCCCACUCAUCUGGAAGUGAAGGCCCAGGGACUCCUCAGAUGCCGCUGGUGCCCAGGAAGAGCUAGUGCCUUGGGUGGGGGAAAGCAGAACUCACAACUGGGAGAGAGAGGAGGGGGAUAUGACCACCGACCACCCUGCCCCAUCUGCGGGAGCCUGAAGAUCCAGCUCGAGUGCCAUCCUGCCAGUGGCUCCCAGACUGUGGGGUUGGGACGCCUGGCCUCUGUGUCCUAGAAGGGACCCUCCUGUGGUCUUUGUCUUGAUUUUUCUUAAUAAACGGUGCUAUCCCCGCCA